AUGCUGUCCUGUCGCCUGCAGUGCGCGCUGGCCGUGCUCUCCAUCGUCCUGGCUCUGGGCGGUGUCACCGGAGCGCCUUCGGACCCUAGGCUCCGUCAGUUUCUGCAGAAGUCCCUGGCGGCUGCCGCGGGGAAGCAGGAACUGGCCAAGUACUUCUUGGCAGAGCUGCUGUCUGAGCCCAACCAGACGGAGAAUGAUGCCCUGGAACCUGAAGAUCUGUCCCAGGCUGCCGAGCAGGAUGACAUGAGGCUGGAGCUGCAGAGAUCUGCGAACUCAAACCCGGCUAUGGCCCCCCGAGAGCGCAAGGCUGGCUGCAAGAACUUCUUCUGGAAGACUUUCACAUCAUGUUAG